GCGUUUAACUGCGAAGACGAGUCCUUCACCAAAGCCGAACUAUAAUUCCCAGAAUCCCUUUCAUCGCGGAAGACUUGUUGCGACGAAGCGCUAGAGUCGGCGGCCAAUCAUAACUCGAGCUGCACUUUCGGGGUAGUUUCCUGUAAGAGGAGUGGGAGGCUUUGAAAAGAGUCCAGGAGGAGAGAUUAAAGAAAGAUAUAUCAAGGAUCUGAAGGAAGCAAAUAUCACUUUUGGUUAUAGAAGUAACUUUCUGGCCAAUAACUAUGUGAACAUGGCAAAUAAAAAGCUAAGAAGAGCAGGUUUACCUCAAGAUCUUUGUGAGAGACUAAGUCGACAUCAGAUUAUUACUUGCCGGGACUUCUUAUGUCUUUCCUUCCUGGAAUUAAUGAAAAUGACUGGACAGAGCUAUUGGAGUGUCCAGAAACUUUUUCGGACUGUCAGCCUAUCCUGUGCUCCCAGAAUGCAAACAGCUUAUGAAAUGAAAAUGAAAAGAGCCCUCAAUCCUUCAGCAGCAUUCUUGCCGACAACUCUAGAAGAUCUGGAUAAAAUAUUGCAUGGUGGAAUUGCCUGUAGCAGUCUGACAGAGCUAAGUUGUCUCCAAAGACAGCCUCAGAUAGAGGGCACUACAAUAGUCCAAUCAAGUGGUGAUCAAGUUUGGGUACUUCUGCUCCUGAUUGGUUUAAAAGUGGUGAUUCAACCAGAGAUAACGGGUCCAUCAGGUUGUGGCAAAACUCAGUUCUGUAUUAUGAUGAGCUUGCUGGCCACAAUGCCCACUAACACAGGAGGAUUGGACGGGGCAGUUAUUUACAUCGAUACAGAGUCUGCAUUUACUGCUGAAAGGCUUGUUGAAAUAGCACAGCAUCGAUUCCCAAAUUAUUUUGCUACAGAAGAAAAGCUGAUUGCAAUGACAAACAAGGUUCUUGUCUAUCAGGAGCUAACCUGUGAUAGCGUACUGAAAAGAAUUAAAUCUUUGGAAGAAGAAAUAAUUUCUAAGAAUGUUAAACUAAUAAUAGUUGACUCUGUUGCUUCAGUAGUCAGAAAAGAAUUUGAUACAAAGCGUCAAGGUAACCUGAAAGAACGAAGCAAUUUAUUGACUAAGGAGGCUUCAAUAUUGAAAUACUUGGCUGAAGAAUUUUCAAUACCAGUAAUCUUGACGAAUCAGAUCACCACAUGGCUAAGUGAUGGCCUUGCUGUACAGGCAGACCUCCUGUCUCCAGUUGAUGACUUGUCCCUGUCUGAAGGAUCUUCUAGAAAUGGAGAUUGGGAUUCUGGCUAUGUGACUGCAGCGUUGGGGAACACAUGGAGUCAUUGUGUCAACACAAGGCUGAUUUUACAGUAUUUGGACUCAAAGACAAGACAGAUCCUGGUUGCUAAGACCCCUAUUGCUCCAUUGACAUCUUUCCUGUACAUUAUUGAAAAUUCUGGUUUGGUUCUCCAAGAAACGGAUCCAAAGGAGCAGCCCUGUAGUAAUUGGGAAGGAAUAAACCCAGCCCUGCAAGCAAUAAAAGUGAGGAAAGAUACAUUUCACAAUGAAGCUGAAAUGGCUUUAUCCAGUUUUACCCUGUGAGUCACGUCAGCAGUUGCCAGAAGCAACCAGAAAAACAGAAUACUGAAAUCCAGAGAAGAAGAAAAAGUCCAUGUUUUUGAACUGAUAUCAUUAUUUUCUUGAUCUGAAGCAACUUCUGCAUAGUUUUCAGCUUUUAGUUUACCAGUUGUAAUUUUUUCAAGCUUGACUCUGACAUUUGUGAUCUUACAGCUUUUCUUUAAAUAACAUGAGCAUAAACAAAAUGAUCAGGAACAUUCAUGAAUCCUGUUGGUUGAUGUCGAAUGGCCUCUAUUGGUUAAAUACAAUA